AGACGCUCGCCUUUGCCGUGGGUGAACGGACGCAAUCCUACACACAGCUCCUUCCGAGAAGGCGCGUUUGUAUCCAGACCCUGGCGUCAUCCGUUUACUGCCGAGUGGGGUUGGCCUCUUGAGCCCUCACUGCCUCACCACUAAUUAUAUAAAGCUCGCACCCUCUGUGACCCUGUAUUCAUCUAACACAAUCACAUCAUCACCAGCUACUCAAUUCCACAACAAUCCACCGCCUCCAUCACCAUGAGCAGCAUUCCCCAAGAGCAAUGGGCGCAGGUCAUUGAAAAGACUGGCGGCCCCGUCGAGUACAAGAAGAUUCCAGUGCAGAAGCCCGGUCCAGAUGAGGUUCUUGUCAACAUCAAAUACUCUGGUGUCUGCCACACCGAUCUACACGCCGUCAAUGGUGAUUGGCCAUUGGCAACCAAACUUCCUCUUGUCGGUGGCCACGAAGGUGCCGGUGUCGUAGUUGCACGAGGAGAGCUUGUCAACGACGUUGAGCUUGGUGACCAUGUCGGUGUCAAAUGGCUGAACGGUUCUUGCCUGUCGUGCGACUUUUGCCAACAAGCAGACGAGCCCCUCUGCCCGAAACCACUUCUCUCCGGAUACACUGUCGACGGCACCUUCCAGCAAUACUGCAUCGCCAAAGCUGCCCAUGUUGCCCGCAUUCCCAAGGAGUGUGACCUCGCUGCAAUUGCCCCUGUUCUCUGCGCCGGUAUUACUGUUUACAAGGGUCUGAAAGAGUCUGGUGUCAAGCCUGGCCAAUUCGCUGCCAUUGUCGGUGCCGGAGGUGGUCUUGGUUCGCUCGCCUGUCAAUACGCAAAGGCCAUGGGCGUACGAACAAUUGCCAUUGACUCUGGUGAGGAGAAGAAGAAGAUGUGCACUGGCGAGCUUGGCGCCGAAGCGUUCGUCGACUUUGCCACAUCAAAGAACCUUGUUGCCGACGUCCAAAAGGCAACGCCCGAUGGUCUCGGCCCUCACGUUGUCAUUCUUGUUGCUGUCAACGAGAAGCCAUUCCAACAGGCUGCUGAAUACGUCCGGCCACGCGGUACCGUCAUCUGCAUUGGUCUUCCUGCCGGCGCUUAUCUCAAGGCACCCGUCUUCGAGACUGUUAUCAAGAUGAUCAGGAUCCAGGGAUCGUAUGUUGGCAACCGCAAGGACAGCUCAGAGGCGAUUGAGUUCUUCCGUCGUGGCUUGAUCAAGGCUCCGUUCAAGAUUGUUGGACUGUCUGAACUGCAAAUGGUCUAUGACAAGAUGCACGAGGGUGCCGUAGUCGGACGCUAUGUUCUCGACACAUCCAAGUAAGUGUGUGAAGGGUGACAGGAGGGUGAUUAUUGAGCAAGCGUACUGUAUAUAUUGAGUUCAUGACCAUAAAUGAGAAAUGUUCCUAUAA